AUGGCCGUCUACAAUGUUGCAAUUUGGACACCGGCGACAGCGGCGCCGUGGCCGCAAGCGCACCGGCAUUUGAUUGGCUGGCGCGUGUCAUCGGGCGCCUCCGAUUGGUUGGCUCGGAGAGGCGCUGCGCUUGGCCCAGUGGGGAGAUCUAGAGGUACCGGCGACGGUGUGGGCAAGCUGGCGGUCCGCCUGCCCCGGUCCCGCUCGCACCCGCGGCUGGGCCGCGCUCGUGCCCACCCGCGGCUGAGCCGCGCCCGUGCGUCGCUACCCGCAUCGCCCCUGCCGCACCCUCCGCUGCCUGGCUUGCCUCCAGGCCUGAGCUGCGGGCCGUCGCCGCCGCCGCCGUCCGCCCUCGCCCGCGCCGAGCUUCCGCCGCUGCCCGCGCUCCCGCUGCGGCCCGAGCCGUUGGCGCCUUGGGGCCCCGGCGCCCAUCUGGCGUUGCCCGAACUGCCGCCAGAGGCCUGCGCGCCCCCGCCACCCGUCGCCGCGCUCGCCCUGCAGCACCUGCCGCGCCUGCCCGCACCCGCUCCACUGCCCGCGCACCCACCGCUGCCCCCACUGCCUGAGACUGCCGUCGCCGCCGUGCCCGGGCCCGUGGGCGCGCGUGGCCGCCCGGCCCUGCGGGGAGAGGCGCCCCCACCGCCGCUGCCGCCGCUGCCCUCUCGGCCCUCGCCUUUUGGCCUGCUGGGGCCCCCGGCGCCCUACGACCCCUGGCCACUGCCUGUCUUCCACCCUCCGUCACCACCGCCCCCGUUGCCUUCCUUCUUCCUGACCCCUCCCUACUGACCUCCGGGGGUCUCUGGCUGCCGGGGCUGCGCCCAGGUGGCCAGGCUCAGGUAACCAGGCAGAUGGCCCAUCUCCAUGGUCUUUUCUACAGUAUUUCAGGAGUAUCAGGAAGCCAACCCUGACCUUGAAGGACCUCUGAGAGCUCAGGACCCACCAGCAAGAAAGGAUAAUAUAUUAAUGUCCUCUGACUGCUGUAAAUCACAAACUGAAUGGUUGAAGGCAAUAGAAAUUUGUUUUGUCACAGUUUCGGAGGCCAGAAAUCCAAAAUGAAGGCAUCGGUAGGGCAUCAGUCCUUCUGUAGGAUGAGGGAAGGAUCCUUUCUUUCUCUCUCAAGCUUCUGACUGCUCCAGGCCUUUCUUGGCUUGUGACUACAAUACUCCAAUCUCUGGCUUCUUCACAGGCUUCUCCGUGGUACCUGCCUCACAACUCCAAUUUUUCUUUUCUUAAGCAAGCCCUUGGCCACUGACUUUCACCCCCAACCCUUUAUUUGUUUAUUUUUUAUGAGGUAGGAUUUCACUAAGUUACCCUGACUUCCUCAAAGUUGUCAGCUUCCUGCCCCAGCUGGAUUCGAGCAAUGCACCACCAUACCUGCCUCUUUUGGUUUUUUUUUGUUUUUUGUGGGGUUUUUUUUUUUGGCUUUUUCGUUUUUAUCGGUACCGGGAUCAAACUCACGACUGCCUGCUUGCAAGGCAGGCGCUUAUGCCGCUGAGCUAAAUCCCCAGCCCUCAUACCUGCCUCUUUUUCUCUUACAAGAAUUAUAAGCAGCUAAGUUAGAUAGAAAUGUAGGCAGUUAGACAGGGCUAGGUCCUUGAAUCAGUGGAGAAGAUGAGAACACAUUACAGCUGUGGCUGGAGGCACAUCAUAAAAGGCUAGGCCUCAUGAUAAAACGGAAUGACCAGGCCUACAUGCCUCCCCAAGGGAUAAGCAAUAAAUUAUAAAGAUUAUACUAUAAUUGACCUUACCUGAUCCAAUAAAGGCUAGCUAGACAUCAGUCACCAAGGUGGGUAACCAGGAUCACCUUGAUCCAUCCCUUCCUAAAAUAUCUUUGUUCUUUCUAUGUGUACUUGCUAUGUGACCUACUUUCCCAUUAGAUCAAUAUUACCUAAGUGGCUAUACUUAUAAUCUUACUGAUUAAUCAUAGUUUGAUCCAUUUAUUCCCACUCGUGAUUUUGCUCUAUAAAACUUCCUCUGAGAAGUGGGGUCCAUGGCAACUCACUUUCAGGUCCCCUUCUGGCUCUCAGGAGCUAUCUCUCUCACACAAUAAAUUUUUCCUAUUCUUUUCUACUGUUUCUUAGAAUUCAUUUUUUUGUUCUUUGGAACACAUGUAUCUAACAUCUAGCAGGUCAUUCUAUUACUUCCCCUAUAUCACAAGGACAACCGUCAUUGGUUGUAGAGCCCGUCAACCCAAAUUGAUCACAUCUUGAGUUCCUUCAUUUAAUAGCUUUCGUGAAGAGCCCUUUAUCAGAUAAGGCCCCAGGUUCCACUUACCAUUUAUGAGACCAUCACCUGAUCCAUAUAGUGUCCUCUAUCCUGUGAGGCUGACUCACCUCCCUUCCUGUCUUCCCAGAAUGUUGUGUUCUAGUCCCUAUCCGAAACCUGGGGAAUUGGAUGACCCUGGAGCCCUUGGGCAGGAGCUGAUAAACACUAGACUUUAAUAAAGCUCUUAAUGGCACAGGAAGGGACUGUCUUUCCCCUUUCCUGAAGGAUGACUGAAGUUCCGGCCUGUUGGUUUGCUGCUUCCCCACCUUCCUGUUGCAGUCUGCUAAGAAGUGAAGAGUAAACAAGGAGGACAAUGAAUGAGUCCUUUUAGGACAAUACUAAUCAGGAGGCCCCACCUUCAGAAUUUGGGACAGGAAGCCGCUGCUGUUUGAAAGCUGAUGAUCACAGUUGAUAAUAAAGUUAAUUGUUACCCAGUCA